CGGAUGAUGACUUAAGUUUUAAAAUUAGUUUGUGCACAGUAAACGCAGCCGUUUCACCGUUUACUGCCCGUCAAAGUCAACGAGGCGUACACAUGCCCUGAGAAUGGGGAUGAACGCCCUGCUGUCUGUUGUGCCUUGCCGCGUUUCUGCAGACCCAGUCACAAACCAUUGACGUUUGAAGCAAGACGAUCUCUGCGCAUUAAAAUGAUCCGGAUAGCGGCAUUGAAUGCUGCGUCAACAGCUGCUGAUGAAUCUCAGGAUCCCCUGAGAACUAACAAGAGUCAAACUAAAGAGGCUCAGGAAGCAGAGGCCUUUGCUUUAUAUCACAAAGCUUUAGAUCUUCAAAAACAUGACAAGUUUGAAGAGUCCACCAAGGCCUAUCAUGAACUUCUCAAAACGCCCUUACUCAAAGAGGCUAUGCCCUCAGAGGAUCAGAGAGUGGGUCUCAAGCAUCCUGGGCUGAUGUUGAAAUAUUCCACCUUUAAAAACCUGGCUAGUUUGACUGCGUUGCGAGAUGACUUUGAGACGGCAAUGGAAUUUUACUUGGAGGCUGUUAUGUUGGAUUCCACCGAUGUGAACAUGUGGUUCAAGAUAGGUCAAGUGGCCGUGCGACUUGUACGCAUACCUCUGGCCCGGCAUGCCUUUGAAGAGGGUCUCCACUGUAAUCCAGACCACUGGCCCUGCCUUGACAACCUCAUCACUAUUCUGUACACUCUCAGUGACUACAGCUGUUGUUUGUAUUUCAUCUCUAAAGCCCUGGAGAAGGAUCAUUGUUACACAAAAGGUCUGGUGUUGAAGGAGAAAAUAUUUGAGGAGCAGCCCUGUCUGAAGAGAGACACCAUGCAAAUGUUCGUAAAAUGCGACAUGUCUGUUCACUAUGUGAAUGUGGAGGAAGAGGAAAGCCAAUCCAUUGUACAAGAGGCACUGGACCUGCGAAAGCGUAGACAGGCUCUCUCUCAGAAGGACCCGAAGCCUGAUCUGGUUCUGGUUCAGCCCAUAUGCUAUUUCUCGUGGAAGCAUGUGGGUGAGAGCUUCCUUGCAAUGUACAGACAUCAGACCACAUGUGAGCCACCACGCCCCAGUCUUGGCUGCAGAAUCGACUUACUUGAGUACCGUGAUGCCAGUUGCCUCCAGAACCUGCCCAAACCCAGCAGCCCUGUCAGCACAAGCCAGACCACUAUGCCUAGCAGCAGCCCCACCUCAUCUCUGGCCCCAGCACCUCUCCCUGAACCACCAGCUACUUCCCAGCCCAGCACUCUGGUUCAGUUCACCCCUAGCCAGACUACUAUAGAGGUCACCACCACAGUUCCCUCCGUCGCUAUGGAUACAUCACUGACAGAGAAGGUGAAGAAAGCCCCUAAGAGGAAACGUGUGAUGGAAGACAGUGGCGAAACAGCAAAGAGGCGGUCAGCGCGUGUACGAAACACAAAGUGCAAAAAGGAAGAGAAGAUUGAUUUUCAGGAGCUUCUUUUCAAAUAUCUCCCCUCAAGGCUAAAGAAAUUUGAUCCUGAGGAUGAUGAUGAGAGCUUGAGUCAUCUUGAUUCUCGGCGGGAUGUCAAGGAUGAUGCACAGCUUCUCCAUGGCAAUUGCCCACCUUUACAUUCAAUUGAAUACAUGGAGUCUGAGCAACAAGAUGUCCACAACUUCCUGGUCAGCAAUAUUGCCAACGGUGGUAUACUGGACCUGAUGAUGCACUAUCUGAAAGCAGUGUGUCAGAAGUUUGUGGAGGUAUGGCCUCGGGGACUGACCGCUGUGGUACUGGAAGUCUAUCAGACAUGGAGAAAGCAUAGCAGUGGCCUUCCUAAUCCUCUGUUUCGAGACUGCAGCAACAAGCACAUAAGGGAAAUGUUGAUGAUGAGCUUGGCUUGUAUGGAGUUGCAGUUAGAACAAUGGUCACACAGCAAAGGAAAGACUUUGUCUCCAAGAAGGAAUCUUAAUGGUCCAGGCUGCGAUGCUAUUGGCACAGAGUUCCCUGGACAGCACUACCAGGGCGAUCUGUUCAUCCUAGCCUUGGGUUCCUCUCAGAGGGACCUUUUUGAGGGUGACUGGCUAGAUAUUAUGGUGCGUGUUUAUUGGCUGAAGGCACGAUUUUUGGCCCUUCAGGGAGAGAUGGAAUUGGCCUUGGAGAGCUAUGAUGUCUGCACAGGCUUGCUACAGAGCAAGCCAAAGACUCCAGAGGGCAAACAUUACACCAUCCAACUGCCUAACCUACGCAUAGAUGCUGCAAUCUCAGUGGAGGAGAUUGACAAGAGGCUAAAGUCUCUGGAGCGUUGUCAGUCUCUGGAGGAGAUCCAGCGCCUAUUUGUAUCUGGAGACUUUGAGUCUGUUGUGCGUCUGCUGCAGCCCACUCUUAACUAUGGUGGCAGGAGUAAACCUCUGGAGUUUGUCAGCUCAGCGCCGGAGAGGCCUGCGCAGCUGUUGCUGCUCCAGAACUCCCUGUUGAAGCAGCAGGACUACCACCAAUGUCUGGAGUGCACAGAGUUGGCCCUAAAUGAAGCCUUGCAGCAACUCAACUCCGCUUCAGCCAGCUCCCCUUCUGCUAAAGAGGAAUGGGUAAAAACUAUCACACAGCUGCUGACUGGCAUAGAGGUUUGCUUCACUGAGAACCCAGAGCUACUCAGCAAUGUCCCUCGUUUCUCCAGCAUGGCCCGACUGGCAAACAACCUCAUCCAGCUGAUUGAUCUUAGCAUGACCAUCUCUGAGGAUCCGAAGGAACCUUAUUUCUCCUCGGUUCUACCCUGGAUUAUCCUGCAUCGCAUUAUCAAACAUGAAGAGGCUGCCUUUGACUGUCUGCUGCGGCAGCACAUGUCUGUAGGGGAUGAUGAAGACGACUCCGACACUCCCAUGCUACCUUCUUCGUUGAUGCUGCUGAGUACAGCCCAUGAGUACCUUGGUCGUCGGUCUUGGUGCUGCAACUCGGAUGGCGCGCUCCUUAAAUUCUUUGUUGGAGUUCUGAAAAAAGAGCUUACUGCCUCCUCCAAGGAUGACUCUCAUCCCUACAAAGAAGAGCUGGAGAUGGCCUUGGAGCAGUGCUUUUUCUGCCUGUAUGCCUACCCCAGUAAGAAGAGUAAGGCCCGCUACCUCGAGGACCACUCUGCUCCACAGGUUGAGCUGCUUUGGAGCAACGCAGUUUUCAUGUUUGAGUAUUUCAAGCCCAAGACGCUGCCGGAGUUUGACAGCUACAAGACCAGCACGGUGUCAGCCGACCUGGCUAAUCUGCUGAGGAGGUUCACUGGCAUCGCUCCCCUCAGUGACACUCCAACUCUGACCAUGGAUGAAGUGGCAGCCUACACCGAGGGCACAUCUACAAAGGCCCCUUGCCUACCUGAGGGUGCUUCCCCAGCGCCACCCAUCAUUAAUGAGAUUUACUAUCUUCUGGCUGACUACCACUUCAAGAACAAGGAGCAAUCCAAAGCCAUCAAGUUCUAUAUGCAUGAUAUCUGCGUGUGUCCCAACAGGUUUGACUCCUGGGCUGGUAUGGCUUUAGCCAGAGCCAGCCGUAUCCAAGAAAAGCUCAACUCCAAUGAACUGAAAAGUGACGGACCGAUCUGGAAACAUUCCCAGGCUGUGCUCAACUGCUUCAAAAGAGCCUUGGAGAUAGACUGCUCCAACCUGUCUCUGUGGAUCGAGUACGGGACAAUGUCGUAUGCCUUGCAUUCUUUCGCCUCGCGGCAGCUCAAACAAUGGACAAACGAGUUGCCCCCCGAGAUGGUUAAACAGAUGGAAGAGAGGAGAGACUCCAUGCUGGAGACAGCCUCCCAGUGUUUCCAGAAAGCCUCACGUUGUGAUGGGGACAGUGAUGAAGAGGAGUGGCUCAUCCAUUACAUGUUGGGGAAGAUAGCAGAGAAACGCAGGCAGCCUCCGCGGGAAUAUCUGCAGCUCUAUAAAAAGGCAGCACACUAUCUGCAUGAGGAAGCAGCCAGGUACCCCCGAAAAAUCCACUACCAUAAUCCACCUGAUCUGGCUAUGGAAGCCCUGGAGUUGUAUUUCCGGCUAAGUGCCACCAUUUUGAAACUCUUGGAGGCUGGUGAGCCUGACUUGGAGUAUGACAUCUUUUUCAACAUGUUGGUGGAGGCAGCCACAGGGCCAUUUGCCAAAGGGGAGGAAAAGAGUAUGCCAAGUAUGCCCAGGUCCCAUGAAAAGGAGAAGCCUCCCUCAAUGGACGAAGACUCCCUCUGUUCAUCAGUUUGUGCAGCUACUGUUCUCAGCACCUCCCUUCCUCCCAAUGCUGUCCCAGGUCUGACAUCCCCUCCUUACAUGGCCACACCAGUCGACCACGAUUACGCCAAACGUAAAACUCUCCGGCGGCAGCAGUGGCAGCAGAAGCAACAGCAGCAGCAGCAUGAGGAGCAGCAGGCUGAUGCCUUCCCAAAGCUUGACCAUGAUUACUGCCUGCCCAGGUCUUCAAUGUGGCUUGCUUCCCUGAAUGAGCGCAGUCAGGACAGUGAGGUGGUGCUGCUCUCUGACUCCAACUCCACCCAGGACGCCUUCACCGAUCCUGCCAGCUCCCAGGACAGCAGUCACAAGUUGGUUUCAGGGAAGGCCAGCCCUUCCUCAUCAGAUAACACCACCCCUAUGAAGGAAGGGCCUCCUGCAGCAGAUGACACAGUUUCACAUGGCGAAAAAAGCAGCGAAGGGGGAGGAGCUGGCAACCAGAUGGAGGAUAAAGAUAUCCCAGAAGUAGGAGACCCCAUGCUGGUAACACUGAACACCAAGAUUUCCAUGGAACCCUGUUCUCAUCCUCUGCCUGCCCCAGCCACCUCUCUGAAGCCUGCCCCUUCCCAACAAGUCAGUCCUCAGACCCUAGCUAAUGAGGGCAAAAGAAAACCGGAGCCACCCCCAGAGGUGAUUGAGGUGCCCAAGGCCCUACCUGCAGAGCGCGUCGACCAGAAGCGCAUGCUUGUGGAGUUGUGUGUUCGUGCACUCUUCCUCUGCCUGGGCCGUUUCCCCCAGCACUACAAGAGUCUAUACCGUCUGGCCUUUUUCUACGCCACCAGCAAGACCCAUCAGAAUCUACAGUGGGCCCGGGAUGUGUUGCUAGGAAGCAGUAUCCCAUGGCAACAGCUGAAGCACAUGCCAGCACAAGGACUUUUCUGCGAAAGAAACAAGACAAACCUAUUCAACGGCAUCUGGCGUAUUCCAGUGGAUGAAAUUGAUCGCCCUGGCAGUUUUGCAUCUCAUAUGAACCGAUCCAUCGUUCUCUUACUGGAGGUGCUGUCUCAGCUCAAGGACCACGACACACUGCUGAAAGUCUCUUUCAUGCUCCAGAGAACCCCUGACCAGGGAAAGAAGUAUUUACGGGAUGUGGAUCGCCAGGUUUUGGCCAAGAGAGCGUUUUUCCUAACUGUAAAAGUCCUGGAGGACAAUCUGGACAGACUCACUGGGGUGUCUGAUCAGCCUUCCAAAGCAUCUGUGCCCUCCAUGGGGGAGAUGACCACAACAGACACAUCCAACAGGCCUAAUGCAGAGGACAGCAAACAUUCUCUGCCUAAGAAGCCCGGGUUCAUCGAGGGCACCUGGACCCCAGCACCUGACACAGAGCCCAGGGAGGUCUCCCAGCCACAACUUGUCCAGGCCCCACAGGUCACAGACAAGGAAGAUAAGCCUCAAGAGUUACAGUCUAGAAAGGUUGGGGCUGCUGGGAAUGACAUGCCCAGAGAAGGGUCAGAAGAGCCCAUGGAGCUGGACACUGGCCAUUGGAGGAAGCCCUCUUCCACUGCAGAUUCUUUGGGCGGCCAAGCAGUGCUUGAGGCUCCUAGGACUAUAAUUGAGUCUGGGGAGAAAGUGGCCGAGUGCAGCCGGACAGCAGAGCUGUCUCUGGAGGACUUAAGUAUCAGCUCCAGGCAGCAGCUCCAGACCCCACCUACCAAGAGCAUGGUGGUAGCCAACGAGACUGAUCAGGGUUUAUUGAAAAGACCCAACAGAAAGAGGAAACUUCUUGAGGAUGUGGAGUCUGGAAAAACCCUCCUGCUGGAUGCAUACAGGGUGUGGCAGCAAGGUCAGAAGGUCAUGACCUAUGACCUGGGCCGCAUUGAGAAGAUCAUGUCAGAGACCUACAUGCUCAUAAAACAGGUUGACGAGGAUGUGGCCCUUGACCAAGCUGUGAAGUUCUGCCAGAUCCAGUUGGCGACAUCUGCGCAAAGACAGUCUGCCGGCGAUGCUCCGACCACUCCUAAAUACACCAAGGAGCACCGUGACGUAUUUUUUCCCGCCUCGCUGCCAACGCCAGUCCUGCUCAGCCACUCCGCCUGCCACCCCCUGUCCACUCAGGACAGCCAGGUCAAAGCCGUUUACGAGCCCCUGGGGAAGCUGUCCAGACCGCCACCUACAGGCCUCCACGACCAGCCACCGCAUAGGAGAGCCGUCGGCCACGCUGCUGCAGCCAUGGCCUUUCUGCCCCAUACAGAGGAGAGAGAGGUGCCGGUGGAGGGUCGGUCCUACCAUCAGCAGGAGUCUCACCUUUGCCAACAGAUGAAACUGACAACUGUAUCCUCAGGUCAGGAAACAGCAGCAGGCUGGUACCAGGAAGAACCUGCCACAUGUAGCACCACACAACCUUGCCCAGAUCAGCAGCAGUACUCUAGCAGCGAGCAGUCGAAGCUCCCAGACCCCAGCCGCGUCCGCUCCCGUAUCCCCCCCAACAUGCCAAAGCUCUUCAUUCCUUCAACCGUUACAAAGUUCCCCCCAGAGAUCACAGUGACGCCCCCCACGCCCACACUACUCUCCCCCAAAGGCAGCAUCUCAGAGGAGACCAAGCAGAGACUCAAGAAUGUCAUUCUGUCCUCCCAGUCUGCAGCCACAGUCAAGAAGGACACUCUGAGCCAGCCAGCCUUGGAGGUGCAGGAGACCUCCAGCCAGGAGUCCUCGCUGGAGAGCGAGUCGGAGGAGGAGGACGAUUACAUGGACAUCUGAACCUCGGACCGGCUUUCGAAGCACUGCAAAAUUGUAACAAUGCCGGUCUGGCUCCUUCAAGCGCGGCCGGACUUCGCCAAACCUCUGUGCCCUGUCUUGGAAUGAAUGGGAUGGUACAUGUUGUCGCAGCUGCUAUGUAUAUUGACGCCAUUGUGCAUUUAGUAAUGCUAAUGAAAAAAACUGAGAAAUGCUGUACUGUCAUGUCACCGUUUUACCCUCGAUGUCAGCGGUGAUAGCGGCUGAUAGGCCAGUCCCAUAGUUCCACAGCAUGUCUGCGUUGUGCCAUCUUUGCUUACCAGUCGUCAGCUAAUAAAG